UCUAGCCGCGGCAUGUCUGCGUCUCUACUGCUCUGGGAGGAGGAAGAGAAGGAGGAAGAGGAGGAGGAGGGGGAGGAAGAGGAGAAAGGCGCAGGGUUGGGAGCAGUUGCCGAAGCUGCUACAGCAAAAGUUCUCCCCCCUCCUCCCUUCCCCUCUUCGCAAGGUCCCUAGAAAGGUUGGAGCUGCUGUCGUCUACAGUCGGUGACCAAGCGACUCGGCGCUCGCCCGCGGUGUUUGCAUUUUCAACAAAUUGAAGGCAAGACCAUCCACCAGAAAAAAGAUUACAACUUGCUUUAUUGCAGUGGUUUGGAACCAAAGUUGGCAGUGUAUCCUGAGGAUAGAGGGAGGAAUCAGCAGCUUGGAAAUUCAACCAAGUGAUCUGGCGGGAUGGGCAUUUGCCUGACAUAUUUUAUAAAGGAAUUGGAUGGCAUAAGUGAUUAAGGUGAUACUGAGAUUAAGGGUCGCUGAAGCCUAUGAAAGGUAGAAACUCAAUCAUGAUUUCUUUUCCAACUCUACAGCAUUCCCUUCCUUGAAGUCUUCAUUUUUACCAUAGUCUCAGGCAGUUAUACUUAAGCAUGAACAUUGACGACAAACUGGAAGGAUUAUUUCUUAAAUGUGGCGGCAUAGACGAAAUGCAGUCUUCCAGGGCAAUGGUUGUAAUGGGUGGAGUGUCUGGCCAGUCCAGUGUGUCUGGGGACCUGCAGGAGUCGGUACUUCAAGAUCGAAGUAUGCCCCACCAGGAGAUCCUUGCUGCAGAUGAAGUGUUACAAGAAAGUGAGAUGAGACAACAGGAUAUGAUAUCACAUGAUGAACUCAUGGUCCAUGAGGAGACAGUGAAAAAUGAUGAAGAGCAGAUGGAAACACAUGAAAGACUUCCUCAAGGACUACAGUAUGCACUUAAUGUCCCUAUAAGUGUAAAGCAGGAAAUUACUUUUACUGAUGUAUCUGAGCAACUGAUGAGAGACAAAAAACAAAUCAGAGAGCCAGUAGACUUACAGAAAAAGAAGAAACGGAAACAACGUUCUCCUGCAAAAAUUCUUACAAUAAAUGAGGAUGGAUCACUUGGUUUGAAAACCCCUAAAUCUCACGUUUGUGAGCACUGCAAUGCUGCCUUUAGAACGAACUAUCACUUACAGAGACAUGUCUUCAUUCAUACAGGCGAAAAACCAUUUCAAUGUAGUCAAUGUGACAUGCGUUUCAUACAGAAGUACCUGCUACAGAGACAUGAGAAGAUUCAUACUGGUGAAAAACCAUUUCGCUGUGACGAAUGUGGUAUGAGAUUCAUACAAAAAUAUCAUAUGGAAAGGCAUAAGAGAACUCAUAGUGGAGAAAAACCUUACCAGUGUGAAUACUGUUUACAGUAUUUUUCUAGAACAGAUCGUGUAUUGAAACAUAAACGUAUGUGCCAUGAAAAUCAUGACAAAAAACUGAACAGAUGUGCCAUCAAAGGUGGCCUUCUGACAUCGGAGGAAGAUUCUGGCUUUUCUACAUCACCAAAAGAUAACUCACUGCCAAAAAAGAAAAGGCAGAAAACUGAGAAAAAAUCAUCUGGGAUGGACAAAGAGAGUGCUUUGGACAAAUCUGAUCUGAAGAAAGACAAAAAUGAUUAUUUGCCUCUUUAUUCUUCAAGUACUAAAGUAAAAGAUGAGUAUAUGGUAGCAGAGUAUGCUGUUGAAAUGCCACAUUCUUCCGUGGGGGGAUCACAUUUAGAAGAUGCAUCAGGAGAAAUACAUCCGCCUAAGUUGGUUCUCAAAAAAAUUAACAGUAAGAGAAGCCUAAAACAGCCACUGGAGCAAAAUCAAACAAUUUCACCUUUAUCUACAUAUGAAGAGAGCAAAGUUUCAAAGUAUGCUUUUGAACUUGUGGAUAAACAAGCUUUGCUGGACUCAGAGGGCAAUGCUGACAUUGAUCAGGUUGAUAAUUUGCAAGAGGGUCCCAGUAAACCUGUGCAUAGCAGUACCAAUUAUGAUGAUGCCAUGCAAUUUUUGAAGAAGAAGCGGUAUCUCCAAGCAGCAAGUAACAACAGUAGGGAGUAUGCACUGAAUGUGGGUACCAUAGCCUCUCAGCCCUCUGUAACACAAGCAGCUGUGGCAAGUGUCAUCGAUGAAAGUACCACAGCAUCCAUAUUAGAUUCACAGGCACUGAAUGUGGAGAUUAAGAGUAAUCAUGACAAAAAUGUUAUUCCAGACGAAGUACUGCAGACUCUGUUGGAUCAUUAUUCCCAUAAAGCUAACGGACAGCAUGAGAUAUCAUUCAGUGUUGCGGACACAGAGGUGACAUCUAGCAUAUCAAUAAAUUCUUCAGAGGUACCUGAGGUGACCCAGUCGGAGAAUGUUGGAUCAAGCUCCCAAGCAUCCUCAUCAGAUAAAGCCAACAUGUUGCAGGAAUACUCAAAGUUUCUGCAGCAGGCUUUGGACAGAACUAGCCAAAAUGAUGCCUAUUUGAAUAGCCCGAGCCUUAACUUUGUGACUGAUAACCAGACUCUUCCAAAUCAGCCAGCAUUCUCUUCCAUAGACAAGCAAGUCUAUGCAGCCAUGCCCAUCAAUAGCUUUCGAUCAGGAAUGAAUUCUCCACUAAGAACAACUCCAGAUAAGUCCCACUUUGGACUAAUAGUAGGUGAUUCACAGCACUCAUUUCCCUUUUCAGGUGAUGAGACAAACCAUGCUUCUGCCACAUCCACACAGGACUUUUUGGAUCAAGUGACUUCUCAGAAGAAAGCUGAGGCUCAACCUGUCCACCAAGCUUACCAAAUGAGCUCCUUUGAACAGCCCUUUCGUGCUCCAUAUCACGGAUCAAGAGCUGGAAUAGCUACUCAAUUUAGCACUGCCAAUGGACAGGUGAACCUUCGGGGACCAGGGACAAGUGCUGAAUUUCCAGAAUUUCCCUUGGUGAAUGUAAAUGAUAAUAGAGCUGGGAUGACAUCUUCACCUGAUGCCACAACUGGCCAGACUUUUGGCUAAAAAAAAAAUGUGUAAAUAAUACUGGCACUUUAGAACAGAUUAAUCGAGAGUGGGGUUACUCUGUGUAAAAUGGAGUGCUGUACAGAUUUAAGAGCAGUGCGAUAUAACAAGUUAAGCUGAUAUGAAUAGCAAGAUAAUCCAAUAACUGCAUUUUGUUUGGUUAGUCAGCAUUCUUUGAACUGCCUUACAUGUUGUCACCUUUAUAGAAGCAAUGCAUUACUUGUUUUAGAUCAGAAACUUGCUAUUCCACCUACACCACUUUUAAAAGGAAAAAAAGACUUUCGCACAAUUGUUUCCUAACUGAUAACAUUGUACAUUCUUAGGAAUUUAGUAAUUGUGUGAAAUUUACUCAUACUGUUUCUUAAGUUUUUCAGCAUAGUCAUGCACUUCAGCAGGGAUUCUGAUUUUACUUUACAGAGUGAAUUUAAAAGUUUAAAUGUCAAGAGAUUAUGGCUUAAAUAAAUUAGUGUGUCCUGUGUCGGGGGGAAGAAACCAAGAAACCACCCUUUUAAAAAGAAUGAUACGCCAUAUACCCUUGAUUUUCAUUUUGCAUUAUAUUGACUUUUUUUAAAGAAAAAGUAAUAAAAAUCGGAUAGUCUAAGACUCCACUAUUUAAAAGCCUAAUUACUUUUAAAAUAUGCAUACUUUCUAAAGUUUUACCAAAAUAUGUAACUGUUGAAGCAUUCACUUCUAUGGAAGUAUGCAUAUUGGUGUCAGUUUCUUUGUACAGUUGUACUUAGAUAUUUUUUAAGAUUUUUCACGUGCAGGUAUCAAGAUUUUGAAGUUUUAGUAAGAAGAUAUUCUGUAGAUUACAUUCCCAAGGACAUAAUGCUUAUACAAAUGUAUAUUCCACGUUUUAAAGCUUAAUUGUAUUUUACUUUACAUAUACACUUCAGUUAACAUAGAGCACUUAGAAUCUAUUUGGUAUUUUUGAUUUCUCAAAGUUAAAAAAAGAUUUAGAUUUUUAGGUUUGAUAUGGUUGUGUCAUAAUCAUCUCAUAAUUGACAAUUUUAAUUUUCGGCAAUAAAAGGAAAUUGGGUUAUCUUUGGAAAUGUAAAACCUGGCUUAAUUCUUUUCUUUCUAGACUCUUGAUAGAUUGGAUAAUUAAACAGUAUCCAGAGAAACUAAAGAAAUGGGCAUUUUAAUUGCUUAUUUUAUCUUGAGUUACUUUUUAAUGAACACUGCUCAUUGCAAUUUCACAAUCCAAAAGUGUUUACUAAUUCUAGUAACGACAAUUUUUUUUUCAGCUAGACGAGUGAUCGGAAACUUUUUGUUGCAUUUCAAAAUCUAAAUAAACUGCAGACUUUAUCCUUAUACCAUGAAUGUUUUUUUUUUAAUACUUUGUCUUAAAAUAAUAUAGCAUGGUACAAAAAGUAGUGCUUAUAUAUAUACAUAUAUACAUUAUAUACUUUUCUGAAGAGUGAUGGUUUGAGUUAUACAUUGGACAGUUUUAAGUUUUGGAAAAAUAACAGUAGUUUCAUUUUUUUAAAGUUUUCACCAUCUCUGUCAUAAUGCACACACUGAUACAGUACCAGUGAUAAUCUAAAAUUAAUACCCUUGGAAAGUGAAAAUUUAUUGUUAAUUUCCAUCUUUUAUAUUGGCCCUGUAGGUUUGUAGUCUUUGUUUCAGUAUAGAAUGUUAUACAUUUAAAUUAUUUUUUCUUUUAUUUAAUAUUAUCCCAAGAGUGUUCUCAUAAAGAAAGGGAACAAAGAAAUAGUCACCCUAAACAUCUUUGACAGUUAUUUUGAAUAUAUUGGUGUUUUUAUGGUAAGGAAUAUAAAUUAUCUUUAAUGUGGUUUUCUCUACACUUCGGUUAUUAAGCUUUGCUUGAAAUACUCAUUUCUCCAUCUGACAGCUUUCUUUGCUGCCCAAUUUUUCAAGAAUUGUAGACUUCUUUGAGGCAGAUAUUUAAGUUCUGUCAUUAUUGGCUCUAAAGAAUGGUGUGUGUGGAGUUGCACAUCACCAUCGCACGAAGCCUUCAUUCAGGUGAAGUGUUAAAAAUGGAACUGCUUGCCCUAGGUAGGCAUUUGUAAUUUUCUCAUACUACUAACUGAUGAGAGUAGGCAUUUAUAUCCUGAGUUGAUACUUCUUGAGCCUGAUCAAAAUUUUUGUUCUGUUGAGAACUUGAUGUUGUUCCUGGUACAGUAUGAAGUUUUUUGUUUGUUUUAACAGCAGCUCUCAGUUUUUAGAACAUAACUCUACUGCUGAGCAGUUACGUAAAGCUAAGGAAGGAAGGCCUUUGAAAAUGGUAGUUAAGCAAGCAGAAUUUCAGAUGUUGCAUUCCUGCCUUGAGCACAUUUCUUUAAAUCUGUCUAAUGGCAGACAUUUCCACCCCAUUAUGAGCAUUUUUGAGGAAAACGAUCUUGGCCUAACUUUCUGACUUACCGUUUAAGUAUGGUUAAUUCUCUUACUGUGAAAUUCUAAAUGCCUACCGGAGUUACCUUGUAUUAUCAUCGUGAUAAACAUCUCAACAUUUUGGGUUUCCCUGUUUGGUUUAGAAAGUUACUUCUAUCUGGGCAUUAAUAGAGAAAGCAAGUAGCUUUUUGUGUUGCUUUAGAUCAGAAUAUUGAGGAUAUGAGAUAUCCUUUUGCAGUUUGUGUUUCUCAUUACUUUUAGUGAGCAAAAUUGUUCUUUUAAAUUUCCACCCUUGAACUUUAGGUCAAUGUGAAUGAGGUGCUAUUUCACGUAGGACCUACUCUCACAUUUUAACUUACUGCACACAUUUUGUUUUGUUGGGAAUAUUUGAGUAGCUGUUAAAGGUUUUGGAUCACUUGCAAAUUUUCUACUUGAUGCCAUAGAGAUCGAUCCUUUUAGCUCUGGCUGAGGACUGUCAGUGGUCGGGCGAUUUUCUCUCUGAGGGAGCGGCUAAAGAGGCCUUGUGCUCAGGGGAGGCUUUCAUUUCCACAGGUGAGAGAAACUUGUCAAGUGCCAGCUAGGUUAGAUCUUUUGCCACUUGUUUCAUUUUAUUAAUUUGGGUUUUUAAAGGGCUGUUUAAAUUUUAAAAGCCGGGAAACUUUAAAAGUAGGCAUUACUGUAGUACUACAUUUCUUAGACUUAGGACGUUUUAAACUAGAACUCAUUUUUUUCCACAGUAUAUUUACUUGAAGAAGCACUAUUAUAAUCAGAAACUUUUUGACUCUGCAAUUUAAUUUAAACUUUUUUCCGUUUCAAAUUACUUUAUUUCAGGGAAAUAAUUUUCCAGUUGUUUUUGCUAUAUUUUGCAAAUAAAACAGUAUGUUUCCUUUAUUCACUUAAAAUUAGGUAGGAAACAAAUUAAAGCAGACAAACAUUUCUUGUGUUUGUUGCUUUCUUUAAUCCAAUGGAUAAAAAAGUAAAACCCUGUAAACAUUAUUUUAUUUUUUUAUGCAAUUCCAUGCUGUAAAUAUGGUUCAUCAAAUAAGGAUGUACCUAUGAUUGAAUCUUUAAUUCUGCACAGUUAGAGUUUAUAUAUAAACGUGUCUUGACAAUCAAGGACUUUUAUGUGAGUCUUCCUUUAUGAUGUUUAUUAAUGUUAUGCAUUCCAUUUGUUUUGAAGUGAGUACCAAUGUGCUAAUUUGUAUUGUCUGAAAGUAUGUAGUGUUUUUACAGCUUGUUUUUAAGAAUCUGUAAAUAUGUACAAACAAAUCACAGUACUGCUUUAUGUUAGAAGGCAUAUGAUGUUGUACUGUAUGUAAGCAAUAAUACAUAGCAGUGCUAAUUUUACCAGUAGCAUCAGGAAAGUUCUAAAAAGCAUUUCAGAGUUAUUAAUUAUCCUUAUUUCAUUUAAUUAUCUUUAAUCAGUUUUUAUAAGCAAAUUCCAUUGUUCCUCCUAUUGGAACGUAACACUGUUUACACAGCAUAAUUGAAGUUGCAGGGGAGACAGGCUAAAUCUGACUUCAUCUGUACUCACUUUCACUAAGCAUUGAAUGGCCUUACCACUCUUCUGCAAGAUGGAGGAAGACUGCAAAACUUAGUGCCCAUCACACUGAAGGAAGGGGGUGUGUUGUUUGUUUUUUUCCUGCUUCUGUACUGCUACCUAAUAUUAUGGUUUGCUUUGGAUUUUAAUAUUUGUUUCUGUUUUAGAUUCAAGCCCAUAAGUUUUGAGGUGACUUCAGCUCCAUUGUGAAAUAAAUAGUUCUCUUCAUAUUUCAUAUCUACAUUUCAGUCAUUCUGAACUUUCUACUUUGAUUUUUAGAUACUUAUUUUUCAAGCUCGAUUUCUCAGCUGAUCAGAUGAACUUAUUCAACUUCAAUACAAAGGAAGACAAAUUUAUUGUAGUUUGAAUUGAGUAGAUAUACUGUACAGAAUGGCUAUUUGAACACACACACAUCACUGCUUUAGAAAUAAAACCGCCAAUUUUUAAAUGUAUAUGACCUACAUUUUAUAGGAGAAACGUUUUUAAAUGCUAGUCAUUUAUAUAAAUGUGCUUUGAAGGAUUUGCUAGUUCACUUCUGUCACUUUUUAGUACACUGGUAUCUUUUAUAUGUAAUGUAUGCUUUUUAUUAUUGUAGCAAAGCAUUUCAGUAGAAAGAAUUUUGCAACAAAUAUGGGGGAAAUUUUUCAUUGUUGGAUUUGAAUUAUACUGGAUUUUAUCCGUGUAGUCUUACUUGUCUUUAUUUUAAUGCUGUCUGGAAGGGAACUUGGUAUCCAAAUAAAGCAGGUAACCUCAUUUUACUUAAAGGGCAUACUGUGUAGUGCUGAAUUUAAUCUGGAAAUUAAUGAUUUUGAAGAGAAAAACAAGUUUAUAAAAAUUGUACAGAAGAAAUUAAAUGUGUGAUGGAAAUCCUGAUGGUGGAGCACGUUGAAUUUUCUGACAUAUAGUGUUAUUUUCCUGGGAUCCCCAACGCCUUUUUUGUAUUUCAACUAAUAAAGGGAAAACCCUGUCUUUGGAAUUGAUAGGAUAAUAGGAUAUUCUGAUUAUACAGUAUUACUAUUCGUAUCCCAUUUUCUGACCCUUUUUCAAUCACUGUAAAUUUUUAUUUUCUAUUUCCUAUUAAUAAUUAAACGUGUAUAUAUUAUAGACACUGUUGUAUAGAACUGAAUGGAGUUGCUAUGCUUGAAUGGGUAACGAAGUGGAAAUAUUAUGGACACCGAGAAUUCAUAAAAUGCCAGAACAAAUUUACAGGAAAAAGGGAGGUAUCGUGUGUCCUGGGAAGGUCACAGCAAAUGUUCAUUUAACUCAAUGUGAAAUAAAUGUGAAAGAAUCAACUACAAACUUACUAUCUGAUAUAAGUGGAUUUUUCCUUCCCCACCUUCCCCCAAAUAUAUGAGCGCACUAAAUUUCAAAAUCUACUCAGGUGAAAAUUGCUUUGCAGUGAAACUUACCACAUUGAAAUUUUCACUGUUAAAAGGAUAUUUGUGAUAUUUUUAAAUAAAAACUUUCAUAUUAGUAGUCA